AUUCAAUUCCGAACGAGCAUAAUCACAGCAUCCACAGAUUAUUAUCUUAAGAAGAUCGUCUUAAAUCCCUUCACUCACGUGAGCCAGUUUAUAGUUUGUAAAUAUACCGGUUAUGGGAUCCUAUCUGAAAAAUAUCAAACGGUUUCGCGUGAUCUUGUAAAUUAAUUGACCAUAUACAUAUUUAAGCGGUUCUGGACACAGUUGACAGACACUGUCGCGCGUUUACAGGCAAGAGGCCGCUGGUACGCAAGCAAGAGUUUCGGGUAUUUUUUGUGCGGACGUCUUCAGGAUAGGUUGUGCCAACAUGCAGAUCAACGAUUGUGAGGCGCCAAACGACGAUAUUCGGAUACACAUGGGUGUUACUACAGAUAUGGAGGAUAUACAGGGUGAAGGCGGAGGUGGUUUUUUGAGAUCGAAUGCUUACGUCAAUCCUGCCCUCACAGUUUCUGCAAACAGUUUGAGUGCCAACGGAAAAAUGUUCAAGGGCUGCAAUGACUUUGAAGUGGUGGACGUUUCCAACCUCACCAAUUCCAGCCAGAAAUUCAGUGGGAUCUUCGAUUGGUCCAGAACGAGAGCGACUAAAAUGUGCUCCAAAAAAACCAUCAACAGAAGGCUGCCAAUCCUUACAUGGUUGCCACAAUACACGACAGAGAAAGCUGUAGGAGACCUUGUAGCUGGAAUAACUGUCGGACUAACUGUGAUACCUCAAGCAUUAGCUUAUGCUAAUAUUGCACACUUACCGUUGCAAUACGGACUAUAUUCAUCCUUUUUGGGAUGCUUUUUUUAUAUAUUACUUGGCGGUUGCAAAGAUGUUCCUUUUGGUCCAACCGCAAUUGUUUCUAUCAUCACUUAUGAGGCUGUUGGUGAUUUGGGACCUGAACAUGCAACCCUGCUCUGUUUUUUGAGUGGUAUUAUACAGCUGCUCAUGGGGAUGUUUGGGUUUGGCUUCAUAAUAGACUUUGUAUCUGGUCCAGUAUCUUCUGGCUUCACCUCCGCAGUAGCUCUUAUCAUUUUGACGUCCCAAGUAAAAGAUCUCCUUGGAAUAGCAGUGCCCGGCAAUGUUUUCAUAAGAACGUGGUCUAACAUAGUCAUGAACAUCCACCAGACAAACAAAUGGGAUGCUGUUAUAGGCAUACUCUGCAUCUUCAGUCUACUGAUGCUCAGGUUAGGAUCCCAAAUACCUGUUUCAUCCACCACUGAAGACGGUAAGCCAAAGUCUGCCUUCCAGAUAUGGAGAAAUAGGUUGUUUUGGUUUAUUGCUACCUCUCGUAACGCCAUCUUAGUGGUUGUUUGUGGGUUUAUCGGCCAUUAUUACUAUAACACUGGAAAUGUACCCUUCACCCUUAUUGGAUAUGUACCCAGAGGACUGCCAAACCUGGAGUUGCCAAAAUUUGGAUACGAGAAGGUUGUAGGAAAUUCUACUGUGACUGUUACCUUCCAGGAGAUGGUGUCCAACCUUGGAAGUGGUCUGAUUGUGGUUCCUCUUCUUGGUCUAUUGGAGAAUAUUGCUAUUUGCAAAGCAUUUGCCGAUGGCAAAACAAUCGAUUCAACGCAGGAGUUCCUGGCAAUGGGUAUCUGCAACAUCGUGAACUCCUUCGUGCAAGCUUUUCCGGGCUCUGGAUCAGUAUCAAGAAGUGCUGUCCAACGUAGCAGUGGUUCUAGAACACCAUUGUGUUCCAUAUACGCUGGCACCUUGGUCGUUCUGGCUCUCGUCUUCUUCACACCUUGCUUCUACUUCAUUCCAAAAGCUUCCUUAGCUGCGGUGCUAAUAGCUGCUGUAAUCUUCAUGGUGGAAGUUAAGGUUAUCAAGCCGAUGUGGAGGACCAAAAAAAGUGACUUAAUUCCUGGACUUGGAACAUUCAUUGCGUGCUUAGUUUUACCUUUGGAGCAAGGAGUCUUCAUUGGAGUGGCCAUCAACUUAAUUUUUAUACUUCACCAAGCUGCGAGGCCGAAAAUCAAUAUAGAGAGGCUAAAGACAAAAAAAGGUUACGAGUAUUUGAUGUUGACACCAGAUAGAUGUCUCAUCUUCCCUUCAGUAGAUUAUGUCAGAAGAUUGGUGACAAAAUACUCAACGACAGGCAAGAUAGUGGUGCUAGACUGUUCCUACAUAUACGGUGCUGACUAUACUGCAGCGUGUGUGAUCCAAAUAUUAACGGCAGACUUUGCUUCUCGAAAUCAACCCCUUAUAUUUUACAAUCUGAAGCCUAGUGUCAGUGCUGUUUUUGAAGGGCUUAGUCCCAAAGACUUUAUAGUGGUGUAUAAUGAGGAUGAACUUGAGAGUUUGGUAGAAAAUAAGUCUUUUGUAAUAAAGUAGAAGUGUCUUUUA